AGAAUUCGUUGUUUAGUAAUAAUAAUGGAGACAAUAUUUGGUUUACACCAUGAUACGGCUAGUUUAAGAGAAAAAAAUCACAGGAAACUCCAAAAAAUUGAAAGUCAAGAGUGUCUUGGCUUAACAAAUAAGAAUAGUGUAGAAAACACUAUUCAAAAGAACGCACAAACAAAGCAAACACCUUCCUCGAAUUAUUUUGAAAAAUUUGGGUCUAUUCAAUCGAUUUUUAGAGAUAAAUUUUCUAUCUCUCCAUCUACUACACCUCACUCGACUCCUCCAACUUCUCGCCCUUCAACCCCGUUGUCAUUUGAUGUACAACAAAGUGGCGAUAAUUUGUUACUUUCCGAUCAAGCUAAUCAAACUAUAAUGACUUCAUCUCCAUUAGCACGGACUGCUUGCUACCAUCAUGAUUCUAAAGUCUUUCAGAACGUGAAAAGUGUGCUUCCUUGCGUGGAAGAUAUUGAAAGUGAUAUUAUUAACCGUCCUUCAUCUCGUACUAAAAGUGAGGAUGAAUUUGGAAAAGGAAAAGAAGAGAAUUUAUUUAAAAAGAACUGAUAUUUAUUUAUUUGAGAAUAAUCCUAAAUAAUAUGAAGAAUAAGUAUAAUUCCAAAUGUAAAAAAAAACCAAAUGAAUAAUAAAAAUUUAUCCUAUUAUAUAAUAAAUGAA